AGUUGUAACUUGUAAACAUCCGCGAAAAGUCAAAAGCUCAAAUUGCAAGAAUGGAGUCUGCGACGGGAAAAGACAGCCCUGAUCCUGAGACUGUGGAAAAUGAUCAAUCUAACAAGGAUCUACCUGCUGUUUUCCAGUGUCAACAUUGCAAUGUGAUAAUAAGUGAUUCCAUAGCAUUCAUCGCUGCUCAUGAUGAUUUGAAAUCUAUCACACUGAACAGUGUGAAUGCAUCUGUAGAAUUAUCAACAAAGCUGAUCACAUCAACAGAUGGUAUUGACCAAGGAAGUACUUUCAGCCCACUUGUUUGCCGAGGAUGUAAAACGGUGCUUGGGAAGGUUUACAGGACAACACCACGACCCUUGGACGACCUCAGAGAUUACUUCACAAUCGAUGUCAACAAACUUUCAGUGUACCAAGUUGGUUCUACUGAUUCAUCAUCUCUCCCUGAGUCAGAUACCCCUUUCCAACAGUUCACCAACGUGAAAGCAUUGAAAGAAACAACACUUAAGUUGCAGGUGCUGAUGUGUGCCAUGCAUCAACGUAUCCAGAACAUUGAACAAUCACUCGAGAUCGAGGACACCAAUCCUUCAGAGAACCCUCUUCAGUCCAUGUCAGGAAUUCUAGAAAACAACCCGGGGUUACUGUCUACAAAGUACCCUCACCAACCCAAAGAGGGGUUACAAAGUGGAUCGGCCAAGAAUCUUGCUUCUCGAAAGAAUGAAGGAAGGAAUCCAGCCUUGGGUCCAGGAUCGGAACGUGGCCAAGGACUUGGAAAGUAUCUCGGGAAGGAUGUGCAAAGGAAUGGUGUCUUCGAAAAAGCAAAUGGAAGCCAACAGACAUUAACUGAUAGUGAUACCAGCAGAGCAUCCAUGGAUGAUUACAGUGGAAGCAAGAGAAGCAAGAGAUCAUCUUCAAAGACAUCCAGAGCUGCUACCAAGGGUCAGGAUAGCCGGGUUAGAGGAACCAAGCGUACCAAAGACUAUAAUGAGGUUUCUGGAAGUCAAGGGGACUUUCAGAAUGAAUUGGAGUUACUGUCACCAAUCAGGAAAAUUUCAGGUGGAAGAUUAAACAAACCAUUAUGAAGCUUGAGAUUUGAAUUCCAUAAAUUUGCUUGAAUGUUGAUCUCAUCUUUGAUCACCGACAGCUUGGAUCCCUGCAUUUUGUAUUUUCCUUGGAAAAGAGUAAUAUUGAUUUCGGGGGGGGGGGGGGGGGCACUUCAUAGACGAGUAGAUA